AUGAGCUCCAGACUGCCGGGAACUGUGGCGCUCAGGGGUCCGAGCGGAAUCGUCUGGACGGUGGGCGUGGCGAUGAGCGACGACGGGACUCUAUUCUUCAGUGGGGUGUGGAAGGAGUUCGCUCAGGACCACGGUUUACAAGCGGGCGAUCUCUUGAUCUUCAGGUUCAAUGGGCACUCUCAGUUCGACGUGCUGGUUCUGGAAUCGGAGAGCUCGUGCGAGAAGGCGUGCUCGUAUUUCGUUUCGAUGAAACAGGGGCCUCCAAUGGAGGAGAAGAGAGCUUGGGGGAGUAUAGCUGCGGCGACUUCCGGCGACUGCUCCGGAGGAUUCAUCCCGUCGCCGGAGCAGCACGAUGGUAACGUUGGUGGCGUUGAUGAUGGUACAGGGGGGUCUCUUCCGCCGAUUGAGUUUGACGUUGAUACUUUGCCUCCACAUCCGCCACCGCCUCCCCCGCCGCCGCCGCUGCCCACUUGCCCGCCGUUCAUAACCGAGUUGUCGUAUGUGAUAAUUUCUUUUUUUCAUUUUUUAUAA